GCUGACCUGGGUUAGAUAGAGAGCCUGAGUGGCCCUCACUGCCCUCAGCAUGUCUGCUCUCACCAGCCUCUUCCUUGGCUUCUGGCUGGCCAGGGAGGGUGGAGUGUUGAGACAGUCCCCAUUACUCAAAGUCUUAAUCUCUGUGAGACCCAGCAGGGUGAUAACCCUGGGAGGAAACGCCACCAUCCAGUGUGACUGUCAGUGCCCAGGAAAGAGUAUACAGCUGUUGAAAAAUGAUAUCCCCUUCCGGGAGCUGCAACUUCUUAGGAAUAAGAAUCAAUUCAACUUCAGCAAUGCUGACCGGCAGGAUGGAGGGAACUACAGCUGUCAAUACUGGCCUAACAACAAAGGAACCUUUGUUGGAAGUGAGCACUUGAAGAUCCUUGUAGCAGACCCCAAGUAUCCGAAACCCAGCCUCAAUCUGAGCCCAAGCAAGAAGCUCACCUUGGGGGAAAACGUGACCAUCCAGUGCCUGGGUGGGCCCCAGGAUGUGGAGUUUUUCCUCUACAAGGAUGGAAACAUGACCCUACUUCAACCCAUGGCGCCAGCUAGGAACAUGGCUGAGCUGUUUAUCAGGAGCGUGCGGCAAGCAGAUGGAGGGAGAUACCAGUGCUUUUAUCAAAAGAAAUCAGAACCAUUUGUCUGUUCAUAUCACAGUUAUCCCAUGCAGCUGGUGGUGAUAGAUUACACCCUGGACAACAUCAUCCACCUGGGCUUGGGUGCCGGGGGCCUGCUCCUCCUGGUGUUCAUUGCAGUAGAGGCCAUGUAUGACUGGCAGAGAGGAGAGUUCUAGCCAAGCUCACACCUUUCCAGCAGCAAUCACUUACCCUGACCCUGCUACACCCUGAUGGAGCCAGCACUUGGGAAGAGCAAUGGUGUCACCAUAACCUGCAGCACUGUGACAUCGAGUUGUAAGGCAGAGCCAGAAGGACUGGUGCAUUUGUGUAACUGCCCCUACCUCUUCUCCACUGCCCCUGGAUGUAAGAGGCACAGGGAUGGAGAUGGGCUCUUUGGAUGGGUUUUGCCAAUGGGAGCAGGACAGAAGCUGUGUGCCAUCCAGAUGCUCUAUGGGGAGAGGUCUGAGUGCCCCCAUGGGGGCUCAGACUUCAAGGACAUGGGGCACCCUGGGUGCUGCACUCCAGCACAGGUUCUGACCUGCCCCUGUGCCCUCUGGAAAAGUGUCAGUACAGCCAGACCACAGAAGACGUGGGAAUGUAGUGCAGCAGUCUGAAGGCUCUUAGGGAUCAUUCACAGACCACGGCACCACCUGUUCUAAUGUCCAUUCCUGGCCUGGCUCCCUCCACAGCUUCUGCCCCCAUGGGCUGCACUCAGCCAGAGCAGCAGAGGGCAGCCACAUUGCCAGCUCUCCCAGGAGUUUCUCCAGUCUCAGGAGAUCUGUUGCUUCCAGUAAAGACCCAAAUCUUGGAGUCCUGGGAGUCUAGAUAAACCUAGGCUUUGGUUUCAAAUCCAGAGUCUGUUUCAAGUCCACAUGGCUGAGAAGAAACCUCCCCAGAGGCUUCCUUCCCUUCCCCCAUACAGCUCUGAGAGCAGGCAGGGAAAUAUAUAAUUAAAAUCA